UGAGUGAAUGAGAGACGCCACUCCGAUUUUAAACUUCACUACGUUAGGUUGUCUAGAAGAACAAUACAUUUAAUCACAGCAAGAUGGAAGCGUUGCCGCCAUUUUUACUUUGCUUCGUUACCUGUUUUGUUUUAUUUUGUACAGGUCAUCCACAUUCAGACGAUGUUAAAAUUCACGUGGACAACGAAUCACAUCUUUAUUUACAUCUACUCGAUGAUUAUUAUAUCAAAGAUUUACGUCCAGCAUCUGCGUCUAACGACACCGUACUAGUAACCGUAGACGUAACUAUUACUGCUAUACACGGAUUGGAUGAAGUGAACGAAGAGCUCCAAUCAUCUGUAGCCUUAUAUACGUCAUGGCAGGAUCCACGUCUGUCCUGGAAUACCACUGAAUACGUUGGUUUACAUACCAUCACUGUUCCUGCUUCUAAAGUCUGGAAACCAGAGCUCAAACUUAUCCACACUCAAUACGGGUCGUAUAAACAUUUCGAUAACGAACUGGUAACUCUACACCAUGAUGGCACCGUCACGUGGUCAACCCACGCUAACAUCAGGAGUUACUGCCCUUUAAACAUCGCCGCUUUUCCAUUUGAUGCCCACGUCUGUCACCUGGAGUUGGCUUCCAACAUCUACAGCCUUCAACAAGUCCAUCUGAAAUUCCUGAACCCUACGGGUGAGGUGACAUUCCAGACCGAUACCGUACAGAUUAACAGGAAUUCCCAAUGGUUAGUUUCCACCAAGACUCUUCAGGGUGAAAUUUUGACAGUGAUGCAUCCGGAGUCUUUUGAAGUUGUAGCAGUGUCUGUAGAACUAUCUAGAAGAUCUACUUUCUACCAAUGUGUGAUACUAGGUCCAGCAGUUGUUAUGUCUUUAUUAGUACCAGUCGUCUUCCUCUUACCAUCUGAUUCAUCUGGUAAAAUUACAUUAGGUGGACUGAUAAUGGUGACUAUGUGUUUAUCUAUGAAGAUGCUGGUUGAUAUUAUUGGAGUCAGCAGAGCAACAUUACCAAAUAUAGCUAUAUAUUAUGCCGUUACCAUGGUUUUGACGUCAUUAAGUAUUAUCAUGUCCGCCAUUGUUACCUCUAUUGCCAGACAAGGACCUUCUAGACGACCUGUACCAGCCUGGUUUAGUACUAUUUUCUUGGGACGUUGUGGUUUAAGAAGAUGGUUGUGUAUGGAUAUGAUUCUACCAGGCGACCGCUUCACUUCUUUUUCCGCCAUGAAGCAGACGGAAAAUGAGUUCACGGAGACCGACUCUGAUGUCACGGCAUUGAAAGAAGGGCAGGAACUAGAUUCCAAAGACCUGCCGAAAUCCGUCCGCGUAUUAGUAGGCAAAUACCAGUCUGAAACCGAACCACGCCAUUAUGGUUCCGAAUGGACAGAAAUAGCCCGCGUUGUUGAUCGUUUGCUGUUUAUUCUAUUUUUAGCUCUGUUCGUGUUGACUUCUUUGGCAUUGCUCACAUAAAUUCGCUUUUAAUAAAUUGGUUUCUGCUUUGUAUUCUCUCAGGAUAUCGAAAAUUAAUUUCCAUUUAGUUAUAAAAUCAAAAAACAAAAGACGUAUUAUACCAUCAAAACUCUUAACACCGACUGAGAAGGUUACAUAUCGAUUCAACCACACUAGUCCUAACUAGUUUCAAUCUGAUUUAAACACAGAUCCUAUUUCGUUUCGUUUUUUUUAUAGUUCAAAAUAUCGUUUUAGGAUCUGAAAGAGUUGUUAUAUUACCGGCGUUCUGGUUGAAGUAAGGGAUUAGCCAAUGAAACGGUCUGUUACGGCGAGUUCUUGGCGUGCGAUGCACGGAACUGUGAGUAAACACUAAAAAACGUCAAAGCUGAUUGAUUAACCAAUGUCUGACACCAAAGGGUCAAAAGUCGCUCGUACGACCCCCUGACGCGACCUCCAGGACAACUGGUCAGGUCUUCAUGUAGUGUAGGCCAUCGAAAGUAUAAAAAAAACGAAACGAAAUAUAGAUCUGUAUUUUAAUUAGAUUGAACCAGUUUAGCCUUGAUUGUCAAUUAAUAGACCCGUUUAGUUGUAUCUCCGACUGUAUUCUGUGAAUCUUUACGUUGACGAACUUUUUUUCGCAAUAAGAAUAGUUGUCAACGGCGAUAUAAACUGUCCAAAUAAUUCUUUAUAGGCUAUUUAAUGACGCAUUAUGUAAGAUCGAGAUAAAGAGCUGACAGUUCUCGUUACAAUAGGUAAAAAUUAGAUAAUGAAAAGGGAAUAUAAAUCCGUUGAAAAUUUCAACCAUCCGAUGCUCUAGAGAGUUGAUUAUUGGCCCGACAUGUUGCAUCAAAGUUAGGAAAUUAUCUACUUUUCAGCCGAAUGAGUGACACAUAAGGCGAAUCCCCCGCCCUAUUUAACAGUCGAUUGCGUCACCAUUCACGUCACAUGACAGCGAACAUGUCUUCAGUCAAGUGGCUUCUCGAUAUCAGCGGUUAUUGGUUUGAUUCUACAAUCGGGCGAAUGCUUCAGCGAAGCGGACACACCAGGCAGAAUGACACUGUACACACUAGGCGAAUUUCGGCGCCGAUUGAUUCGACCGAAUCAUUCGGCUAAUGGGUCUCUUUAGUAACUGGUAAUUAUAGAAAUGAAUAUUAUAUACUAUAUAUAGAAUUACAUUGUAUCAAGUUGGUUUUAAGAAAUAAAAUAUUAGUAUUAUUCACCAA